AUGGCGACGACCGGCUCAGGAGACUCCAGUUCCGUGGACCCACCGCGCUGGCUUCCCGCCGCCCAUGCCGACUCCGCUGCUCAAACGCCCGCACAUUCGGCGCGUGGCUCCCAGCCGGCGCAGCUGUCAAGCGCGCCUGUCGUCGCCGCGUGUCACGGUGGAGGCGCGACGCGCUUAUUCCACCCAUGGAUGCCACGCGACGCCGCACAUUACGGCGUGCAAUUCGGCAUCCGCGAACCGAUGGUCGUCUGGUCUCCCUACAACGCGCAGCCUUACAUGCACCCUCCCGCUCCUUCAGCUUUUGCGCCGAACUUCCCCGGGAUGUCCGCUCCUCCUGCGCUCCCCCCCCCCCUUCGGCCCUGUCCCCCGCCUGUUCCGCAGCAAUCCCCGCCGCUGUCGCAGUGGUCCGCGGGCCCCUCUACAAUUUCCGCCAAGUCCGCGAGGGUCCCCGCGGAACACACGGGCUCAUGGCUGGACACGCGGCUCGUCCCGAUCGACCACUGGGAUGUCGGCGUGAAUUGCGGAGAGAGAGCCACGGUGGCACCGAGCGUGGUGAUUCCAGCUCGUUACGCGGAGCUGGUGAAUUCGACCUUGGCUCCUUCCGCCUCUAGCGCGGUGAGGCGCAGAAUGGGGACGCGCGCGGAGGAUGAAGGAGGCCCUCGCAACCCGCAGGAGGGCGCGAAUGACGCGGACCUAUCGACGCGCUGCACGCCGACAUGGGAAGCGGUGGCGGAGAGGAUGAGCGCGCCGCCGGCGCAAGGGAUGACGCAAGGGGUGGCGGAGGGAGGCCUGCUGGGGGGAGGCGACGACAUCAGCGCGUGGUUGAGCCGCCUGGUGGGCGGCACGGCUGGCCCUGGCCUGCCGGAUGCGCCGUCGGCGGAGCUGGCGCAAUCUCAAGGAAAUGAGGCGACGCGGGGCCACGUGAUGCUGACGUCAGGUAGAGUCGCGUCAUGCGGCAGCAGCGGCACCGCAGCAAGUGCGGGGCGCGGCACCGCGUACAACGUGCCAUUCAACAACCCCGUGCAUGCCGUGCCUGCGCCUGCGCCUGCAUCAAAAUCAGCGCAUGUCCCCCCCGCUGCACGCCGCCAUCCCGCCCCUGCUCCUCCGCCUCCGCUCGCGCACGCGCCUUCCGGCAUGCUUGCGGUGCAGGCAGGUCGGAUGGGGGGAACUGCAGGCAGCAUGGUGGCAGGGGGGGGUGGAAUGGAGCAAUGGGGAGGAGGGGAGCAGAGAGGGGAGUGGGGGAGGGGGGGGGUGGGAGGAGAGGAGAGUGAUGAGGAAGGGGGGGUGGAGGAGGAGGCAUGCAUGGAGGGCAUGACAGUGGAGCAGAUUCUGCAGGAGAGGAGAAAGCGCAGUCCAGCCACCAGGAAAUCUCACGCAAUUUGUCGCCUGCUCCCUUCAAGGGAUUCCGCGAAGGUGGUUCCGCGCCUGCUGCUCUGUUUCCGCGCGCGUUUCGCCGCCAUGGACGCCACAGAGGCCGACGAGCGGCUGCUAGAGGACGAGCUCGAGGCGCAGUUGGCCGCGCAGCGCGCCACGCUGGCGGAAGUGGACGCGCUGCUUCAGGCGGAACCCUCCCCGGAGAUCGCGGAGGUGCGCGGAGAGCUCGCGGAGGCGGUGGCAGCGAGCGAGGCGAGUCUGCUGCAGCUGAAGCGGCAGCGGCUGUUGCGCCACGCGGACAGACUGGCAGAGGGGCUUUCAGCGGAAGCGGCCGCUCGUGGCGGAACUGGAGAGGCUCGAGGGGCAGAAACGGCCAGCGCGGAGGAGACCGAUAUAGGCGGAACGAGCGGAGUGGAACGGCGCGCGGAAGACGGAGGAGGGGAAGAGCCAAAGAAGGGUGAUGGGGAGGAGGGGAAAGGAGGGAAAGGGGGAGAGUGGGGGGUGAGUGUGGGGCAGCGGUGCCUGUUCCGCCACGUGGACGGCAGGUGGUAUGCGGGGGAGGUGCUGGCGCUCGAGGGAGGGGGGGACGAUCGGGGGGACGGGGACAGCGGAGUGGAGAAGGUUGUUGGCAACCAAGGAGGGGAAUGUGGGGGAGACAAUGGGGGUGCGAAAGAGGAAGAGAGGGGGAGUGAGGGCGCGGGAGCAGGCGAGGGAGGCGCGGGAGCAGGCGAGGGAGGCGCGGAUGGGGAGGAAGGAGGGGAGGAUAGAGUGGGGUUGGGUUACGUCUCAGGGGCAGGUGACGAGGGUCAAGGGAAACAGGCGGAGUGGGAGGGGAGGGGGGAGGAAGGGAGAGAGCGGGAAGGGCGGAGGAAAAGGGGGAGGAGCAGGCGGGGAGGGCAGCGACUGGCGCGGGUGGGGUUUCUGUAUCCCACGACCCGUGCACACCAGCUCUGCCGCUUCUUCCUGUCGCGCACCUGUCACUUCCACCAUCGCUGCCGUAACUCCCACGGCCGUCUCCUCCCCCUCGCCUCCCUGCGUGCCCUCCCCCCUCCCUCUUGCCCACUCUCCCUCCCCCCCGGCUCCUCCCUUCUCGCCUCGUCCCCCCCCGCCCCGCUCUCCCACGCCCUCACCCGCCUCUGGGAGCAAGCAGAGCUCCAAUCACAUCACGCCACGUGUCCAGGGGCAUCAGCAUCAGCAGCAGUCCACCUGCCCACAUGCACCUGCACGUGCACGGUCACUCUCGUGCGUGAUGGCUCCUCCUCCUCGCUGCCCCUCUCCUGCCUCGUCCCCCUCUCCUUCCUCCACUCCCUCCCCCGUGCCGCUGAGACAGCCCCUCCCUUAUUCCCGGGUGCAGUGGAAGAACGGGCGAUAGGGCUCUGUGGCUCUGCAAGUGAAUGCAGCAGCAGCAGCAGUGAGGAGAGUGGAGCGGGCUAUGAAUCCGAUGACGAAAACGAUGGCGAAAACGAUGGCGCUGCUGCUGCUGGUGGUGGCGAUCCUCCCCCCUCCAUGUCCUCCCUUGCAGCAGCCGCAUCUCUAGCCGCCUCGCUGCAGCACGCGCACGCGGCAGCGGCAGCGGGCCCUCAGAGCGAGACGGUGGCGUUUGCAGCGUGGGAGCAGCACACACGUGGUGUGGCCUCGCGGCUCAUGGCUCGCAUGGGCUUCCAACGCGGUGCCGGGCUGGGCAGGGACGGUGGGGGCAUCACCUCCCCUGUUGGGGUGCGGCCGGGAAAGGAGAGGCGAGGGGCGAAGGGUGGUGGCGUGGGUGGUGCUGGGCUAGGGGCGGGGGAGGAUGGUAAGGGUGGGGCGAGGGAUGGGAGUGCGGGUGGUGGGGAGGAAGGGGGGAAGAAGAGGAAGAAGAGUCGGGGAGGGGAGAGGGCGAGGAACCGGAAGAAGAUAGCGGCUGAGAGAGAGGCUGCAGCAGCGGCAGCAGCAGAGGAGGAAGGGGCCGGGAGGGGUGAUGUGUUUGACUUCAUCAACGUACACUUGGUUGGCAGAGAGAGGGGAGAGGGGGAUGCGGCAGGGAGAGUGCAGAGAGGAGUGAAUGGGAGGAGGGAAUCAGGGAGUGAAUCUGCUGGGGGCGGGGGCACAGGACGAGCUGGAGUGCGAGGGGCCACGGUGUCAGGGGCAGCAGGAGGAGCAGCAGCAGCGGGUGGUAUUGCAGGGGCAGGGAAGAAGAGGCGGGAGGAGGAGCGGCGGGAGCUGAUGCAGCAGGAGGAGCGGGUGAGGGAGGUGCGGGCGCGGGUGGGGCGGUACGAGGAGAUGGCAGGGCGCCACGCGCAUGACAAGGUGACACUGGCCGCCGUGCACCGCAAGCUGGCUGCCGCCCGGGAGGAGCUGAGGCGCGUGCAGGGGGGGCGGGACUCGGCGCACUCCAGUGCCGCCCAGAAGGAGGUGCUGCGGAAAUGGACCAAGUUCUAG